AUGACAGCGCUAGAUCUGUCCAGGAGAGGUGCCAGGGUCAUCCUGGCCUGCCGCAGCAAACCAAGAGCUGAGGCUGCGCUCGCUGACAUCAAGAGGGUGAGAGGAGAUUGAACACUGACCAGUUUAGCCCCAAUAAUGACCAGUAGUUUAUGGCUAGUCAUUUUUUGUUUUUCUGCAGCGGUUUUAGGAUUUCUCAAUUAUAAUCUGUGUGUAUGAAAAUAGUACAGUAACAUAGUGAUAGAGAAAUUAUAUAAGUUAAAUGACUAAAAGUUAAAAACAACCACCAAAUUGUGUUCUCUUGUAGUUAGGCAAGCAGAAGUGCAAACGUUGAAACCAAUAACAGGAGACUGGUUUCAAAAACAGAUGUCCCCACACAGGGAGGGGGAGUGAGAGGCUUGCAGAAUAUUGUGAGAACGCGAUAACUAUGUAUGGGAAUAGUGUAAAAAUGCAGCCUGCUUGAGCAAGGAGUAGCCUAUGAUAAGAACUUGUGUGAGUAUAAAAAGACUGUGCACCCAUUUUGGGGCAGAACUCUCAUGAAUAUGGCGUAGCACUGCGGUCGUGUUUUUUUCUGUGUCCUUGUGUAAAUAGCCAGUUAUUUAUUUAUUUUGGUCUAUUUUGUGUAUAUAUUUCUAAAUUUUCUUUAACUAAAUACUUUCCUGCAACCCGCCUCACCCAAUGUGGAAAGGAUUCUAUUAUUUCUUUAUAACUUUUAUCAAGAACCUUAAGCUGAAACUAGUCUAGCUGCAACCGAAUGGCUACUUGCUAUUAGCGUCUUCACCAUUGUCCGUGGCCUGCAUUACCCACCAGCCAGCUCUCAGACAAUUUGUCGGCCAGUCUGCACAGCGUGCUAUCGACCCAGAGCAUAUCGGAUUUUCUGCCGGAAUCACUCAACCAGCUAGCUGCAACCAAAUGGCUGUUGUCGUUGGCUAAUUACCAUUGCCCCUUAGCAAGCACCAGUUAGCCUUGAGCUAGCCUCGAGCCAGGCCCAUCUCCCGGCUAUCUACCUCUCUGUCAACUGGACGGGACCUCCUAGUGUUGACACGGAGCCCCGCCGAUCCAACACAACUGGUUUGCCGACGAAAUCGUCUGAUGUGGUUUCAACAGGCUUCCCGUUACGACGUCGACCACGAAGAUCCAUCUGCUAGCCCUGGCCUGCUAGCACACGCAAGCCGGGCCUCUUGCUCGCCAGUGCUGUAGCAGCCCCCGAACUACCUCCGAACUCUCCUAUUGCUGUUCACCGGACCUUAUGAUAACUCCGCUAUACAGCUGAUGCCUGCUGGACUGUUCCUUUAUACGGUACCGCAUCCUGUUUAUGUUUAGCCUCAUCCCAAACUUUGUCACCAUUACCAGCUGUUGUCUUAGCUCUCUCAAAUAACACCUGUGAUUGCUUUAUGCCUCUCUCCCAUGUCAAUAUGCCUUGCUUAUUGCUGUUUUGGUUAUUUCUUAUUGUACUAUUUCACUGUAGAGCCCCCAGCCCAGCUCAACCUGCCUUAGACAGCUCCUUUGUCCCACCCCCCAUACACGCAGAGACCGACUCAAUUGGUGCCUCCAUCUCUUUCAUCGUUACCCAACGCUUAGGUUUACCUCCACUGUACUCAUAUCCUUGUCUGUACAUAAUGCCCUGAAUAUAUUCUACAACGCUGGAAAUCUGCCCCUUUUUUUCUCUGUACCCAACGCACUAGAAGACCAGUUCUUAAAGCCUUUAGCCGUAUCCUUAUUCUACUCCUCCUCUGGUGAUGUAGAGGUUAACCCAGGCCCUGUAGCCCCCAGUAUAACUCCUACUCCCCAGGCGUGAUCAUUUGUUGACUUCUGUAACCGUAAAAGCCUUGGUUUCUUGCACGUUAACAUCCGAAGCCUCCUCCCUAAGUUUGGUUAUUCACUGCGUUAGCACACUCCGCCAACCCUGAUGUUCUAGCAGUGUCUGAAUCCUGGCUUAGGAAGGCCACCAAAAAUUCAGAAAUGUCCAUCCCCAACUACAACAUUUUCCGUCUCGAUAGAACUGCCAAAGGGGGUGGGGUUGCAAUCUACUUUAGAGAGAGCCUGCAGAGCUCUAUCAUACUAUCCAGGUCUGUGCACAAACAGUUUGAGCUUCUACUUCUAAAAAUCCACCUUUCCAGAAAUAAGUCUCUCACUGUUGCCGCUUGCUACAGACCCCCCCUCAGCCCCGAGCUGUGCCCUGGACACCAUAUGUGAACUGAUUACCCCCCCCCCCCCCCCCCCCAUCUAUCCUCAGAGUUCGUACUGCUUGGUGACCUAAACUGGGAUAUGCUUAACACCCCGGCCAACCUACAAUCUAAACUAGAUGCCCUCAAUCUCACACAAAUGAUCAACGAACCUACCAGGUACAAUCCUAAAUCUGUAAAAAUGGGCACCCUCAUAGAUAUCAUCCUGACAAAUUUACCCUCUAAAUACACCUCCGCUGUCUUCAACCAGGAUCUCAGCGAUCACUGCCUUAUUGCCUGCGUCCGUAAUGGGUCCGCGGUCAAACGACCACCCCUCAUCACUGUCAAACGCUCCCUAAAACAUUUAGCGAGCAGGCCUUUCUAAUUGACCUGGCCCGGGUAUCCUGGAUGGAUAUUGACCUCAUUCCGUCAGUAGAGGAUGCCUGGUUGUUCUUUUAAAAGUGCUUUCCUCUCAAUCUUAAAUAAGCAUGUCCCAUUCAAAAAAUUCAGAACUAAGAACAGAUAUAGCCCCUGGUUCUCCUCAACUUGACUGCCCUUGACCAGCACAAAAACAUCCUGUGGCGUACUGCAUUAGCAUCGAACAGCCCGCGAUAUGCAACUUUUCAGGGAAGUCAGGAACCAAUAUACACAAUCAGUUAGGAAAGCAAAGGCUAGCUUUUUCAAACAGAAAUGUGCAUCCUGUAGCACUAACUCCAAAAUGUUUUGGGACACUCUAAAGUCCAUGGAAAAUAAGAGCACUUCCUCCCAACUGCCCACUGCACUGAGGCUAGGAAACACUGUCACCACCGAUAAAUCUACAAUAAUCGAGAAUUUCAAGAAGCAUUUUGCUACGACUGGCCAUUCUUUCCACCUGGCUACCACUACCCCGGCCACCAGCUCUGCACCCUCUGCUGCAACUUGCCCAUGGCCCCCCCCCCCCCCCCCCCCCCCCCCCCCCCCCCCCGCUUCUCCUUUACACAAAUUCAGACAGCUGAUUUUCUGAAAGAGCUGAAAAAUCUGGACUCCCACAAAUCAUCUGGGCUAGACAAUCUGGACCCUUUCUAAAAUUAGCCGCCGAAAUUGUCGCAACCCCUAUUACUAGCCUGUUCAACCUCUCUUUCGUAACGUCUGAGAUCCCCAGAGAUUAGAAAACUGCCGCGGUCAUCCCCCUCUUCAAAGGGGGUGACACACUCGAUCCAAACUGUUACAGACCUAUAUCCAUCCUGCCCUGCCUUUCGAAAGUAUUUGAAAGCCAAGUUAAAAAACAGAUCACCGACCAUUUCGAAUCCCACCUUACCUUCUCCGCUAUGCAAUCCGGUUUCCGAGCUGGUCAUGGGUGCACCUCAGCCACGCUCAAGGUCCUAAACGAUAUUAUAACCGCGAUCGAUAAAAGACAGUACUGCGCAGUCGUCUUCAUCGACCUGGCCAAGGCUUUCGACUUUGUCAACCACUGCAUUCUUAUUGGCAGACUAAAUAGCCUUGGUUUCUCAAAUGACUGCCUCGCCAGGUUCACCAACUACUUCUCAGAUAGAGUUCAAUGUGUCAAAUCGGAGGGCCUGUUGUCUGGACCUCUGGCAGUCUCUAUGGGGGUGCCACAGGGUUCAAUUCUCGGGCCGACUCUAUUCUCUGUGAAUAUCAAUGAUGUUGCUCUUGCUGCUGGUGACGCUCGGAUCCACCUCUAUGCGUACGACACCAUUUUGUAUACAUCUGGUCCUUCAUUGGACACUGUGUUAACAAACCUCCAAACGAGCUUCAACGCCAUACAACACUCCUUCCGUAGCCUCCAACUGCUCUUAAACACUAGUAAAACUAAAUGCAUGCUCUUCAACCGAACGCUGCUUUCACCCGUCCACCUGACUAGAAUCACUACUCUCGGCGGGUCUGACCUAGAGUAUGUGGACAACUACAAAUACCUAGGUGUCUGGUUAGACUGUAAACUCUCCUUCCAGACUCACAUUAAGCAUCUCCAAUCAAAAGUUAGAUCUAGAAUCAGCUUCCUAUUUCGCAACGAAGCCUCCUUCACUCAUGCUGCCAAACAUGCCCUCGUAAAACUUACUAUCCUACCGAUCCUUGACUUCGGCGAUGUCAUUUACAAAAUAGCCUCCAACACUCUACUCAGCAAAUUGGAUGUUGUCUAUCACAGUGCCAUCUGUUUUGUCACCAAAGCCCCAUAUAAUACCCACCAUUGUGACCUGUACGCUCUUGUUGGCUGGCCCUCACUACAUAUUCGUCGCCAAACCCACUGGCUCCAGGUCAUCUAUAAAUCACUGCUAGUCAAAUCCCCGUCUUAUCUUAGCUCACUGGUCACCAUAGCAACACCCACCCGUAGUCUGCGCUCCAGCAGGUAUAUCUUACUGGUCAUCCCCAAAGCCAACACCUCCUUUGGCCGCCAUUCCUUCCAGUUCUCUGCUGCCACUGGAACAAACUGCAAAAAUCUCUGACGCUGGAGACUCUUAUCUCCCUCACUAACUUUAGGCGUCAGUUGUCAGAGCAGCUUACCGAUCACUGCACCUGUACACAGCCCAUCUGUAAUUAGCCCAUCCAACUACCUCAUCCCCAUAUUGUUAUUUAUUUAGCUAAUUUGCACCCCAGUAUCUCUAUUUGCACAUCAUCUUUUGCACAUCUAUUAUUCCAGUGUUAAUACGAAAUUGUAACUAUUUUGCACUAUGGCCUAUUUAUUGCCUUACCUCCAUAAUUUACUACAUUCGCACACACUGUAUAUAUAUUUUCUGUUGUAUUUUUGACUGUGUUUUGUUUACCCCAUAUGUAACUCUGUGUUGUUGUUUUUAUCGCACUGCUUUGCUUUAUCUUGGCCAGGUCGCAGUUGUAAAUGAGAACUUGUUCUCAACUGGCUUACCUGGUUAAAUAAAGGUGAAAUAAAAAUAAAAACACUUUUUUUUAAAAAACUGAUUCAUUGCAGAAAUGGGACUUUGUUUAAUUCAUUAUUAACUAGUCUUACAACCUCUGGGAAUUAUUCAAAGCUUGAGAAAUAGUUGAGUUCAACCAUUGAGAUAACACAAUUCUCGUGACACAUAGAAAUGUGUCCUAUAGGAGAGUGGGAGCAAUGAGGUGGUGUUCAUGCAGCUGGAUCUGGGGAGUCUGAAGUCUGUUCGCUCCUUUGCUGAAAACAUCCUAAAGACUGAGCCCAGAUUUGACCUGCUCAUCAACAAUGCAGGUGUGGCUUGUAGUGGUUGUUUGCAGCAGCGCUACAACCCUCUUUCAAUACACACCACCUUGUAAGACACUGUAAUGACAUUGCAUUUAGUCAUGUACAGACAGCCUUGAAGUUAGUGCUUAGUGAGGUGUCACAAGAGCCUGUGUACAGAGACUGAACAUGUCACAGAGAUUGAACAUGCAGCCAAGGUGUUGUAGGCUACACAUUAUGCUCCAGCCAAAAGAGCUCGCUGGACUGCUGUCUCAACUACCCAAGCCCGCCAACCAUGGCACAUGUAAUACCCAUCCAAUAUUAUCCACGUAAUAUCCCAUUUCUGACACCAGUGUAGACGUAUUGGAAGUGAGGCAGCUGGUAUCAAUCUGAGUAAAAAAUGUUUUGUGGUAUUUAUAAUGAAACCAAAAUGUAAAUAGUGACUUUUCCUUUGUCUCAGGUAUUUACAUGCCAGGAACCACAGAGGACGGCUUGGGGGUGAUGUUUUGGUGUCAACCACAUCGGUCCCUUCCUGUUGACCAACCUGCUGUUAGACCGUCUGAAGGAGUGUGGUCUGAGUCGAGUGGUCAACGUGUCAUCCAUCGUUCAUAACUUCGGCACCAUUGACUUCAACUGUUUGAGCACGCACAAGUAGUUGGGAGUUGGAAAGUCUGCCACAGAUGUCUUCAACAUCUACACCAACAGCAAGCUGUGUAAUGUUCUCUUCACGCAUGAGCUGGCCAAGAGACUGCAGGGCACAAAUGUUACCUGCUACACCCUUCACCCAGGUCAGUGCACUAUAUCCCAGUAAUGUAUGAAGGCUUCAUUGUGCCCAAGUAUGGGUUAGAAGGACUUGUCCUGUAUUGAUUAGUUGAAAAUCAGAAUUUUUAUGCAUCCCCAGCAGUGUGGAUGGUGGGAUGAGCGAUAAGAGGAUGGGCUCAUUGUAAUUGCUGGAGUAGAAUUGAUGGAACGGUAUCAAACAUAUGGAAACCACAUGUUUGGCUCUGUUCUAUUUACUGUAUGCCAUUACUAAGAGCCCAUCCUCCUAUAGCUCCUCCCACCAGCCUCCUCUGAUCCCCAGGUGGCUGAAUAAUAGUACAUUUAUUGGUUUGCAAGUUUUAACCAACAUGUGUUUAUUUUGUUUUUCAGGAGCCAUUAACUCUGAACUGUUUCGUGACGUCAGCAAGGUGUUCAUGAUUCUGAUGAAGCCUUUCCUCAUGUUCUUCUUCAAGGACACUGUGGCGGGUUCUCAGACCACCCUGCACUGUGCCCUGCAGGAGGGCCUGGAGCCCUUCUCUGGACGCUACUUCUCCAACUGUACAGUCAGGAACCUCUAUGCUAAUGCCAGAGAGGGCACGGUUGCCAAGAAGCUAUGGGAAGUCAGUGAGAGUCUGAGUGGCCUAUCCUCUUAAGAAAAUCACUCUGACUCAACAGUUUUAACUGGACUGCAAGCUACUAACCAAUAUGCUGAAUUCUUUCAAAACAAAAAUGUAAUUUUUUGGGUUAUGCAUUAUGAAAUGUACAUACAUAGAAAUAUAUGGAUGAAGUGCUUGCUUUUUCUUACCUAACAUUAAUUUAUGGGACAUUUCAUUAGAUAUGUUUUUAUUUAUAUUUCUUACUAAACAGUAAAUAAACCUAAACUGUUAAGAAAAUGUUUGCUCUUGAUUGUUUUUUGAUGGCUCAAACUGUACUAUUCAUAGCUUCUGCCUAAGUGUCCUAACCAUUUAUCAGCUGAAUUUAAAGACCACGUUCAUGCCUGCCCUGCAGAAAAGAGAGAGAUGAGCAUGAAAGCUUCAGUAGAAGAAUCCAAACUCAAAUACGCCUGUACAGUCCUAUGGGGUGUGGUUUAAGCUUUCCUGGAAUUCAACAAAAGUAGAGCUCUUUGCGCUAUACAGUAACUAUGAGAGGAACUGUACAGUAAGGAAUUCUAGAGUGAGCAGUGUGUUCUAUGGAUUCUCUUUACUGAGUGCUGCACAGGAUCUGAAAGCUCAAUGGCUGCCUUCUUGUUGUUGGAGUGGUAUUGGUGGCCUAUAUGAUUUUUCAUAAUAUAUUUGUCAAAGGGGCAAUAUGCAAAAGAAAUGUGAAACAGCAUGGGAAAACUGUCAUUGUAACAGGUGUCUGUUUUUGUCAAUGCUUCCUGUGUUUCCCCUCAUUGACAUAGGAGGAAAGUUCAUGGCACUGUUAUGUAAUAAUGUUGAGUAUAUGUAAUGUUCUUUGCCUAUUCAUAAUUUAAUGUAUAUAGCAUUCUUAAAUUCAUUUGUCUAUGUAUAUUAUUCAUUGGGGAUUUUUGAAUGAUUUCCCUGGUUGUGAAACUCAACAAAUCACUCUUUCUGCUGCAAGUUGUAGGGGAGACCGGGGGCAAUGGUAAGGUCUGCCUACACAUGUUGUUUUUUUUGGCCAAUGUGACAAAUAUAAUUUUAUUUGAUUUGGAAUUGUAAUAAUUAGAAUUUCUCUAAACAGAAACAAGCUAGAGUGAUUCAACUCUCUCAGUACAUGCCCAUUUAGGUUCUCCCUGCUUGAAGAGUUUAAGCCAAAUAUUGCACUGUAUUGUUCUUGUACUGUCCUGAGCCUUAAUGUCCAAGAAUUCAAACUAGCAUAAUUUGUUAGCUAAACAUUGACAUUAUUUUUGUCUCUUGCUAGGAACAUGAGGUUUUGUGUCAUGGCUGCUGGGUUGGGGGCAAUUGUAACACAGUGUUAAAAUGAACCUGAGCCAAAUGACGAAAAUAAAUGUGAUAUUAACGUUAGGAUUUUAUGAAUUAUACAAAACUAACAUUAAAUAGCCUUGGGGUCCUGUGGAGUGCCAAAUAAGUUGUCAACAGAUAUCAUUUGGGCACAGACUAUUCAGAUGUUUUGAGAGGAACCGAAUGGCCAUGCACAAAUGGGUGUUGCUGUAAAUAUUGGUUACGUACUUAGAAAUAAUUAUAUUUCUUGCAAAAUCAUUACAUACAGUGCAUUUGGAAAGUAUUUAGACCCCUUGACUUUUUCCUCAUUACGUUACAGCGUUAUUCUAAAAUGGAUUAAAUAGUCCCGAUUUUCUCCCGAUUGCUCAGUUUGGCCGGGCGGCCAGCUCUAGGAAGAGUCUUGGUGGUUCCAAACUUCUUCCAUUUAAGAAUGAUGGAGGCCACUGUGUUCUUGGGGACCUUCAAUGCUGCAGAAAUGUUUUGGUACCCUUCCCCGGUUCUGUGCGUUUACACAAUUUUGUCUCGGAGCUCUACGAACUAUUACUUCGACCUCAUGGCUUGGUUUUUGCUCUGACGUGCACUGUCAACCGUGGGACCUUAUAUAGACAGCUGUGUGCCUUUCCAAAUCAUGACCAAUCAAUUGAAUUUACCACAGGUGGACUCCAAUCAAGUUGUAGAAACAUCUCAAGGAUGAUCAAUGGAAACAGGAUGCACCUGAACUCAAGUUAGUCUCAUAGCAAAGGGUCUGAAUACUUAUGUAAAUAAGUAAAAUUUUUAAUACGGUUUUAUUUACUGACCUAUAAAUGGUAUGAGUGAUUAGGAUACUUAUAGUUCAAGUUGUCUCUGAGCAAUUUAUUUUUUAUUUAUUAUUUAUUUUCUAUUGCCCCUGGUCUCCCCUACAAUGCAUGAAUCCUACUAAUACUAAUUUUCCAGUAAGUACCACAGGCUUAGGGAAGAUGACAAAAUUGAUUUAAACUGCUUGAGCACUCACAAGGAGUUAGGAGUUGGCAAGUCUGUCAUGGAUGUCUUUAACAUCUACUGCAACAGCAAGCUGUGUAAUGUUCUCUUUACCCAUGAGCUGGCCAAGAAACUGUAGGACACAAAUGUUACCUGCUACGGCCUCCACCCUGGUCUGUGCUGCUAUGUCAGGUGUAUAAAGCUUUUGAAUGUAAUGGUAUCUGCAGUUUUCAAGUUAGUUCUACCUUGGUUGAAUGUAAAGUAGAAUAAAAUGCCUAAUGUUCCAGUCAAAGCUCUUCUCUGUCCUAGCACCCCAAUGGUGGAACAAGCUUCCCCCUAUUCUCUGUCCUGGCACCCGAAUGGUGGAACAAGCUUUCCCCUAAUGUCAGGACAGCGGAGUCCCUGACCAUCUUCCGUCAAUGUCUGAAAACCUACCUCUUUAAAGAGUAUCUUAAAUAAAUCCUACAUCGAUAUGUUGUCUCACCUAGCUAUCUUAAGAUUAAUGCACUAAUGUAAGUCGCUCUGGAUAACAGCGUCUGCUAAAGGACUAAAAUUGAUUUAUUUUUAUGGAUGGAUGGAUAACUCAACUCUAGUGCUUGUGUCUUUUUCUCCUGGGUAUAAUCUAAACUGAGCUGGGCCGUUACGCAGACUCUGUAUUAUUAAUGCUGUUGAAGCCCAUCUCCAUGUUCUUCUUCAAGAACACUGUGGCGGGGUGUCAGACCAACCUGCACUGUGCCCUGCAGGAGGGCCUGGAGCCCCUCUCUGGACGCUACUUCUCCAACUGUACAGUCAGGAACUUCUAUCCUAAGGCCAGAGAGGGCACGGUGGCCAAGAAGUUACUAUAUGAGUAG